UCACAAAAGUAAAUAUAAUGGCAACACCAUUCGAUGAUAAUCCGGUAGAAAUUGUGACAGGAAAAACACAACAAUUUCAAUGUAAAACAGAUGCUGGCCGACCAUCUUCAAGAAUACAGUGGUAUAUGUCUGGCACCAACAUCACCAGUUUGGCUACCCCUCAGGAUGUUAUUUGUAGUCUCAAUUGUAAUGGUAAAGUUAUAUCAUCUAGUGUACUGACAUAUACUGGGAAUCGUGGAGAUGAAGGAAAAAUCAUGUACUGCACAGCUCUGAAUAUCGAAAAUCAAAGUGUAGGAUCCCAGAACAAAACUGUUGAAAUAUUGUAUGGUGCCAGCAGCGUUAUAAUCUCUCCAACCUUACAGAUCUACACAGUAAAAGAAACUAUAGAGGGUGUUGGUCCCAUCAACUGCACAGCAGAUGAUUGUAACCCAGACUGUGCAAUGACAUGGAGUAGACCAACUAUGUCUGAUGGGUAUAUCUCAGUAUUAAAUUUACAGAAGAUAAACAGGACCCAGGCAGGGAAUUACAGUUGCAAUGCAUCAAAUACUGCAUGGAGUAAAACAUCCGUUGCUGUCAAUGUUAUUGUUCAAUAUGGUCCUGCCGUAGUCAACAUUUCGCCACCGAAUCAAACCUACACAAUUAAAGAGCUCACAGGAAGUGCUGGUCAUAUAAUCUGUAACGCUGAUUGUAAACCUGAUUGCAUCAUUACAUGGAAGGGAAAUAACGUUCCUGUUGGUACAAAUAAUAUUCUCUACCUGACAAAUAUAACCAGAAAACAGGCGGGAAAUUACCAGUGUACAGCUACAAAUAAUGUUGGUAAUAAUACAUCUGUAACAGUUAUUGUAAUUGUUUUGUACUACAGGAACAUAAACUUCCAAUAUCAAGAUUAA